AUGAAGGAGGAGUGUGGCUGGCUGGAGUGGGUCGAGAUCAUUGAGCCACGCACGCGGGAGCGAAUGUACGCCAACCUGCUUACUGGCGAGUGUGUGUGGGACCCUCCACAGGGUGUUUGCAUCAAGCGGACUGGUGACAACCAGUGGUGGGAGCUGUUUGACCCCAACACCUCUCGCUUCUACUACUACAAUGCCUCCACCCAGCGUACAGUGUGGCACCGACCUCAGGGCUGCGACAUCAUCCCACUGGCCAAGCUGCAGACUCUGAAGCAGCACACAGACCCUACCAACCCCCGUCCUGCAGGUGGAGGAGGUGGGAGAGCGUCUGCAGACAACAGUCCAGGACGGAAUAGUGGAGUUAGCCGAGAGGGAAGCACCUCCUCCUCCCUCGACCAGGAGCUUUCUGAAAAACAGGGCAACAGAGAGGACGCCGACAGGACUUCUCCCUUCAGGUGGAACACUGGUACAAAAGAACGAAUGCUCAUCAAAGUGACAGACAGAGAGCCCAGCUUCUUGGCCCAUCAGGGAAAUGGCUACUCCCCCUGUGACCCCCCUACCCCCGGUGCUCCUCCUGGAGGGGGCACCAUGUCACGAGCCCGUCGUUCCUCUGGAGGGAACCUUCCUUCAGAGCCUGAUGGGUCACCUGUUCUCUAUGCUGAUCGCCGUCAGUCUCCUUUCCUGAAACGAGCAGAACUGGGUGGCACCGGUACCCAUCGGCGUUCCUCAGCUGACUCCCAGCCCCCCUCACCCCGAUACGCCUAUGAACCCCCGCUGUACGAGGAACCGCCAUCAGAAUACCAGCCCCCUCCUAUCUACGAAGAGCCUCCUACUGACAUGCACCUCUCUGACUCCUCCUUCUACGGCACUGGCAAGUCACCUGCUCGCAAGUCUUCAGCCCCUCUCUACCACUCCCCGAAGCAGGGCCAAUCUCCCUAUGGCCAGCUGGUUCUGACCAGGCAGAAAUGUCCAGAGAAGACCCAGAGCCUGGAGUACAGUCCUGUGGGGAAGGAGUAUGUCAAGCAGCUGGUGUAUGUAGAGCAGUCUACCUCCAGCCCUCGCUUCAAGACUGCAGACCGUCUUCUGCGCUAUGGUACUACUGGGGGCUAUGGUGGUUCAUAUGGAGGGUCCUACACACUGCAGCACAGCCAGUCUCUGAUCAGAGACCCCCGCCUACUGCUGGACUACAGUGGGGAGGGUGGAGAGGGAGGCCAAAGGUUGCUUUAUGAGGACUCGAUAUCUUGGACAUCCAGUCAGACCCACUCCCUCUCCUCUUCCUCUACUGCCGGUCCUGGGGCUUUCUCUCCCAGUGGAAACCGCAAACGCAAGAGUCGUAAACCAUCCCUCCCUCAGGAGUUGGCACGCUGCGGGGAGGGGGAACUGGCAGGUACCGCAUCUGAAGCGAUGCUGGCUCAGGCCAGACUGGCAUGGGAGGCUCAACAAGUGAUGAAACAGAGGAGCAGCUGGGACUCUGGGCAGGGAGGAGGGAUGGCUCAGAGUGGGGGUUCCAAGGAUGGCUAUGAAAGUGACGGGGCGGUGCCUCUGCCAUUGCCGGGACCAGUGGUAAGGGCCUUCAGUGAGGAUGAGGCGCUGGCGCAGAGUGAUGGCCACCACUGGAAACGCAGCACCUUUGAUCGGCUGGGCUUCCCUCAGGCCCUGCUGGAGAAAAGCCUCUCUGUUCAGACCAACCUGGCCUCACCUGAGCCUUACCUCCACCCCUCACAGUCGGAGGACCUCGGCGCCUGUGCACAGUUUGAAGCCAGUCGAAAUGCCAGGAAUAUGAUGCCCAGUGCCAGCUGUGGCAUUUUCCCAGAAUUCACCCUGAGGAAGCCCUCCUCAGAGACCGACAUUGAGAACUGGGCAUCCAAGCACUUCAACAAACACACACAGGGUCUGUUUAGAAGAAAGGUGUCUAUUGCCAACAUGCUGGCCUGGAGCAGUGAGCCCAUCAAGAAGCCUAUGAUUGUGACCUCAGACCGCUCUGUGAAGAAGGAGGCAGUGGACAUGUUUAAGCUCAUCCAGACCUACAUGGGAGACCGUCGCUCCAAAGCUGACCCCCUCUGUGUGGCUCUGGAGGUGGUGGUUCGGGGCUGGAGUAACCAGGGCCUGCGUGAUGAACUCUACAUCCAGUUGUGUCGUCAGACCACAGAGAACUUCCGCUAUGACAGCCUGGAGCGAGGCUGGGAGCUGAUGGCCAUCUGUCUGGCCUUCUUUCCCCCCACACCUCGCUUCCACACCUACUUGGAGGGCUACAUCUACCGACACAUGGACCCCCUCAACGACACGAAAGGUGUGGCCAUCAGCAGCUAUGCUAAAUACUGCUACAGGAAACUGACAAAAGCUGCUCUGACUGGAGCCAAGAAGGGCCUGCAGAAGCCCUGCAUAGAAGAGAUUAAGCAUGCCAGGAAUGCCAUCUUCAGUCCCUCCAUGUUUGGCUCCUCCCUGGAGGAAGUGAUGGUGCUCCAGAAGGAGCGGUAUCCAGACCGCCAGCUGCCCUGGGUGCAGACUCGCCUCUCUGAAGAGGUUCUGGGUCUCAAUGGAGACCAGACAGAGGGCAUCUUUAGAGUACCAGGAGACAUAGAUGAAGUCAAUGCCCUCAAGCUGCAAGUAGAUCAAUGGAAAAUCCCCACUGGACUGGAAGACCCACACAUUCCAGCGUCUUUGCUGAAGCUCUGGUACAGGGAACUGGAGGAGCCACUGAUCCCUCACGAGUUUUAUGAGGAGUGUAUCAAUCACUAUGACAACCCAGAGGCAGCUGUCAAUGUGGUGCUGGGCCUCCCACACAUCAACAAACUGGUGCUCUGCUACCUCAUCCGCUUCCUACAGGUAUUUGCCCAACCCGCCAAUGUGGCCAUCACCAAGAUGGAUGUGAACAACCUGGCCAUGGUCAUGGCUCCCAACUGUCUGCGCUGCCAGUCUGAUGACCCCAGGGUGAUCUUUGAGAACACCCGCAAGGAGAUGUCCUUCAUCCGCGUGCUCAUCCAGCGGCUAGACACAAGCUUCAUGGAUGGAAUCCUAUAGCCCCCUCCUGACACACACUCACUUAACCCCCAGCCUUCCCUGCUCUCCCUUUAACCAUCACUGGCCCUGCACACUCCCCCAGCACAGGAACGUCAUGCAUACACAUUGUUGCUGCUGGAUGAAAACCUUGCGUCUCAAACAUGUUUACUUUACUAGAAGUAACAAAAACUGCCUUGAUUUGAGUUCAUCCACUCUGCAGUUGAACCAGCUGUUUUUCUAUUUCUGUACAUGAAGUCCCUAAACUGACAUUUAUGUAAGAAAAACACCAAUAUCAGAGUUAGAAAGGUUUAACAUGAUAACAGUACUGUGUGUGCCUUCACAUGCAUUAAUACAGUAUACACAUACGGUAUGAAGGAAUUAGCAGGGAUCUCAUCAUGUCAUUGGAUUCAUACAUUAGCUUCACUGGCACACUACAAAUUCAGACCUCCGAGGCUUGUUUUAAUUCCAACUUAUCUGUUUUAUAUAAAAACAUGUUUCUAUUUGUUUUCCCCUGCUUAGACACUCAUGCACUGCCACACAAAUAUACACAGCACAUGCAUACACUGAAAGUCUUUCUUGAGGAUUCCACUUUUUGCAGUGUACAAAACCUUCAAAUGCAGAGAAACAGUUAGCACUGAGAUAAAUGAACAUACUGCAUGUAGACGAUACAUUACACGAGUCUCUCACACAUUCACAGGCUAAUCAAUGCCUCCAUAGGGUUCCACACCAGAUUUUCACAAGAUGUAAAGCCUGCACCUUUUCAUGAGUGCUUUAUUAGAUCAGACGGACAGUGCUAGGUUUAUACCCCACAUGCCAAGCUAAAAGGAGAAGCUGUAGCCAGCAAAGUGUUUUCAACUGCCACGACUUGGUAAGAGCUCAGAACUCAGUACAGAGGACCUUUACCGUUCGUGGGCCUGCCUCAAAGGGACAGACAAACAUGACUUCAUUGUGUUAGUGAGAUGCUGUCUGCCAGCAAACUUCAAACAGCCAUAAAGUAAGACAGUGUAAGGCAGCUCUAUUAGCUGUUAGCCGUUAGGUGAGGAGAACAUGGACACUCAAUCACUCCCAGUUGAGUUUUUCCUUCAGGGCAACGCUGCCUCUUUGCUUGGCUUAUUGUAAUUUUCGACUAAUGAGAUGGAGACUUUGUGUAAAAACCUUCCAUUUCUACCAUCAUCUACAUAGCUCUAUUUUCAAAAUCCUCUUCGUAACAACCUCCAGGCAGAAACUUUCAUGCCAAAAAUGGCCAGUUUGGCAGAGAAUUUGUAGGUGCAGGUUUGAAAAUUUUAAAGAAACAAAGAACUCCUGAACCUUUUCUCCUCCAGCUCAGUGAUAAUGAGGUGCAGCAGACAGUUCUUCAGCACUGUGCAAACAGGACUGGCUGUGUGAGACUGGAAGGACCAUUGGCUCCACAAGUUCUGCCAUAUCUGCAGAUCCAGAUAAGUCCUGAACAACAAUUCCCUCAAAAUAAGUCUCAGACAGUUUUAAUAAUUCCCAAAAAUCUAUUAAGGCCUAAUAUGAAAGUCCUAUUUUUCUUGCCUGCUGUAGGCAGUAGUGUUGGUUCUAAAUAUCUUUUUCUGAUUGGCUGUUUGCAGACAUACAGUGCAUUAAACAGAGCUACAGAAUGGUUUUUUGCUCAUACGUUUAACUUUUUAUUUGGAAGUGGGGCAGUGACUGUUAUUACAGUACAGUUGAAGUAUCACAGUAGUAAUCUGUACAGUCAAGUACUGCACAGAAUAGUGUACAGAAUGGGGUCCAUGUUCUAAUUACUUAAUGUUGGAAGGCUGAAGCCUACACUGUUCAGCUAAGUUCUGCAUGAAGUGGUGCUAACAAAGACCAUGAACCACUGACUGUUGCCCUGGCUCUAUGACAGAAGAUCUUUGGUUCUAAUUGUAUACAAACUUAUCUACUGCAGUUGUGCAGCCUUUAGUAUUUGGUAAUCUUGAAGAAAUCCGGUCAUGCCACAGCAUUUGUCACUUUGGCUAUUGGCCGCAGCCUCCUGUAACCAGGAGCAACAGAUCCAGGAGGAGGGAUGAUAGCAGCACUGCCAAUAAGGUCCUAUAAUACCUGGUGUUCAGACACAGCACGCAUGCCCAUACUUCCUGGGAGGGGACGGAGAAAUGACUGCUCUUCUGAAAUACCCCCCAGCCCCAUCCUCACAGAGCAACAGCCCACCAUCACCGCCACUGAGCCCCACAGGCCUUUCUGCUCACUAAUGAUUUGUGAAUGUGUUUAGCUGUGUGUGUGCUUGUCUGUCUUCCUGCAUUCAUACAGUCUGUGUCCAUGAGCAAGUACUGUUGCUUAUUGUAUUCAUUUGAGAUUUUUGCUAUAUUUAACAGAAUUUCUAUGUUUUUUAACCCAUUCUUUUUAUAUAAUUUAAUUUAUUUAUAUUUAUUUGAGGAGAUUUCCUUAUUGCCUUCUCGAGAUAUUGUAGGCUCCAGUGUGUGUUUUUGUUAUUGCACGAGUGUGUGUAUGUCUGAUGUGUGGAUGCAUGACGGGGCGUGUAGUUUUCAGCAUGUUAGAGCACAUACUGGACAUGCUGACGUAUGACUGAAACGUGUCCGAUUCAUUUGGAUUUUUGGGUGACACAUCUGAAGGGUUGAUUGUGAACGCUCCAUAGAAACACACACUCAGAGCAACCUGGAAGAAAGUGUGCUCCAUCGAAGAGACACAAUGAAUCUUUGACGAAAUGAAUCUUUUGUUUGUGAAGAGACUGGGAUGAGUGUUGUGUGCGUGUGUGAUGUGCAGCUCACUCACCGACAUCCACAGUCCACACAGACAACAUGUACAUUGAUACUGUACAGACUAUGUAAAAAUAACUAUAUAGAGAAAAAAGAGAGGAGAAAGCACCAGUGGUACCAGUGGAAACUGCUGUGGAGAUAACAGGGUGGGGGUGUUUAAUUUGUCUUUUUCUUUUCUUUCAGUCUUGUUAAAGUGUAAAGUUUGCUCAUAUUGUUAGAGGUCUACAAGUGGCAAUUUAAACCCAUUUCCUAGAAGUGUGUGGAUUUCACAUUUUUCUACCUACUAUCCAUUCAAAUACCAGAAAGUGUUUUUAAGCCCUGACAUCUGUAACUGCUGAGAUUCAUACUCCAAAAAGAAGUCCUUCAUUUGAGGAAAUUGUUUGACUUUUUAAGAUGCUGGUAAAUCAGUAGUUAGAAAGAGCCCUUCAUGUUUCAUCCUGAUUGUGGUUUGUAGCAGUCAGCUGCAGCGGCAUCGCUGUUCCUCAUAUUCUGAACUGAGUGCUCCCUCCCUCUGAACUCCACAAUAUGACCACCUGACAUCAACUACUCCUUUCUUAGAAUCAGAUUACGUGUUGAAAAUGUACUACAUUAACAAGUUCUUAUUAUUGUUUACUGAAACAUGCAACUGAUUAGUAUGGAAACACUACAGAAGGGGUUUAGCUUAACUUUCCUCACAGUAUACAACAGAAGUGAAGUUAUAUCGGUGCAAUAUCACUGAAAUGUCAAAUGAUUCACAGUUCUGUCACCUUAGAGUAAUUGCAUUAUUUCUACGUGAGCAAUAGGGUGUUUGCUCUGAGGUCAAAUUUUCAACUAACAGUUUACUAAUAUCUAAUAUUAGAUAUAGCCGAACAGAAAAUGACCCAGAGUAGAAACUAAUGCUAACUAAAGCUGGUACACCUUUCAUUACUGAGAUUCAGAUCUUACUUUUUCAAUACUUCACAUGUCCACCUUUAUUUCUGAUGACAGACUAAAUCACUACAACUUGUGUCAUUCUUCAGUGACCAUUCAUUUUCAGCAGCUGUUUACUGGAGGGCUUGGUUUUCUCUGCUUUCUCUUUAAAAUACCCGACAGGGAUUCUGUUUGAUUCAAGUGUGGUGACAUACUCGCUCAGGUUGUAGUUUUACUUUGUUCCUUUUUAAACUUUUGUGAUUUUUUUUUUUUAUCAUAUUAAUGCAAGAUUUUUCCUCUUCUGCCAAGCUUCUACAGAUUGGAAAUCAUCCUGCCAGCCAAUAUUUGGUUUGUCCACAGGCAUUCAUGGUGCCAUUCAUAAAUGUCAUCUGUCAAACUCGUUUUGGUUCAGGGGCCCAAUUUGAUCUGUGGGCCAAAAGUGUGCCCCACCAGUACAAUCAGAGCAUUGUAACCUGGAAAUCACAACUCUAUUUUUUCCCGUUGUUUCAGUUCAGAAAAGUACAUUCUGAAAAUAUUCACAUUGAAUGAAUUAUCUUUUUACAAAACAUGAUGAACACCUGAAAUUUCUUAAGAAAAACAGGAUCUAUUUCAACAACAUUAUGCCUCAGUUGAUCAUUUACACGUGCAUUACAACUGACAGAUCAGCUUAUCUUCAAAGGCAUAAAACAUUCAGUCUCAGACUCUGAAAUCUUUAUUUGUACCCAGGGGGCAAUUAAAAAGGCACAUAGAGCAGUCAGUGCAACAAUGACAUAAUGAAGAAAUAGGGAGAAAUAUAUAUACAAAUCUAGAGCAAGUAAUAAGAAUGAAAAUAAAAAUAAAAAGAGAAAUAAAACAAAAAAUGCUGGAGAGAGUGAUGCAGUUUGAAAUCUUUUGACAGCUGAUAUUGCACCGGGUUGUACUCACAUCUGUUGUCUCCUGUAGGUUUGAAAUGAGCCAGCUCAAAGAACUAUCUGAACCCUAUUAAUUACCCUGAUUAAGAAUUCCAUCUAAACCUACUUUAUCAGUCAUUGUCAGGUGGUCGGUUUGAGACAUUGUCACACUCAGCUGUCCUCACUUGUGGAGAGUUUCACAGACUGCUUACUGAUCAAACAAAUACUGAUUCCUUCUCAUCCACAGGCAAGCAUCUAGCCUACCUUGGAACAAAGCAGGAACUAGCUUAGACCUGUUUAAAGUAUACAUCAUGACUUCCAACAGCUCCAAAGCUCCACUUUGCCAGUUGGACCUUAUUUCACACAUGUAAACUAUUUAGACAUGGAAGCCUACACAAUGUUUUAGCUGUCAGACACUGCAUGUUUGUUGCAAUGUCUCUCCUCAUUAUGGGGGUUCCAGGUUUGAUCAUUUUCCUAACUUUACAAAAAAAAAAAACACCCUAGCAAGCCUGCAAUGAACAGCUGACUAGCUUAUAAACUGACAAGAGAUAAUAUGUGAGCUACACUUGUAAGUAACCAGGGUCCAAUUUGCUUCCCACCGACAGAGAUGGAAAAGAUUACAUCAUGUCAGAGGUUGGAAUCUCAAACUGCUUUCAUAUUAUGACUGAAUCAGUGAAUGGGUUUUUGACAUGAAGGUUUAUCAUCUGUUGUGACUGCUGUCUCAGAGAAAAAAAAAAAAAAAAAAAAGGGAGAUAAAUUUCAGUUACAAAUCACUCCUACAAGAAAGGAAUCUGAACCUCUUACUCAAUGAAAAGUGACUUCUUUAUGAGGUAUGAAUACAGCCAAAUGUUUUUGAUCUUUUUUGUUUUGUGUAAAACCACUUAGUAAAUGAGAAGCCUCAGCCGUGGUCGGGCUGAAAUGUUGCAGCAGUGUGUAUGAGCGUGUAUGUGGUGUGUUUGUGAGUGUUUUUGUUUUAUGUAAGAGAUGGUUGUAGAUAGACCCAGCAAAUCAACCAAUUAGCAUGCAGACAUAGGGUCUUCACUCUCUUCAACUUGAAUUUACUAAAACAUGACAAUAUACAAGGAAAACAAACUGAAUUUACAGUGAAGAAGUGCUUCAGUAUUUAGCUUUAAAAAAUCCACUAAGAAAAAUAUUAAGCUCUUUCUAAUCCAUUUUUUUCUGAUUGUUUUUUCUACUUGGUUCCUACUAAUGAUGAAUUGGUAGUCGUUGUCGAUGCUGUUCGUCUAAUGUAAGAAAGUGACAAGAGAAGGUGCAAGACAGCUGCUGUGAAACUGUUCUGCACCUCGACGUCAGUCCUCCAGGUUUUUCAGUUCUAUCUUGUCCACUGUCACUCACACUCUGUCUGAGAGAAGACUCUGGAAGUGUAACAAAUGUUGGUUUAAUAAAUUAUUCAAAUGUCA